AUGAAGCAACAUAAUGAAACAACAGACGAAAAGGAUACGGAAUCAACUCCAGAAAAGCCAAAAUUAAGUUUAAUGAGUGGUAUAGCAUUAUUGGUUGGUUCUAUAAUUGGAUCAGGAAUUUUCAUUUCACCACGUGGUGUAUUACUUGGGACUGGUUCUUAUGGUUUGUCAGUUAUUGUAUGGAUUGUAUGUGGAUUAAUUUGUGUUCCGGGAUGUUUAUGUUAUGCUGAAUUAGGUACGAUGAUUCAUAGCUCUGGUGGAGAUUAUACAUAUAUUAAAAUGGCAUUCGGUGAUUGGGCUGGUUUUUUGAGAGUUUGGAGUGAAAUAUGUUGUGUACGUCCAGCUAUUAUUGCUGUAUGUGGUAUAACAGCAUCAAUUUAUUUACUUCAACCAAUUUACAAUCCAUGUUCUCCACCACACUUAGCUGUAUUGAUGCUUGCUUGCUUCUUUAUUUUAAUGUUAACACUCCUUAAUAUAUGCUCAACUCGUGGAUCAGUUAUUUGGCAAAAUGGAACAUUUUAUGCUAAAGUUUUCUCAUUAUUUCUUGUUAUUAGUCUUGGAGCUUUUCAAUUAGUACGAGGGCAUCAUGAUGUAUUUACAUCUCCAUUUGAAAAUACUGAAACUAGUGUUAAAAAACUAUCGAUUGCACUUUAUAUAGGUUUAUUUCCUUAUACAGGUUGGAAUUAUUUAUCGAAUGCAAUUGAAGAAUUAAAACAACCCGAACGAAAUUUUCCUAUUGCAAUCAUGACAUCCAUUAUAGCUAGUACAGUACUUUAUGCUCUUGCCUAUAGUGCAUAUUUUACAGCAUUGACACCUUUUGAUAUCAUGACAACUGAUGCUGUUGCUGUUUCAUUUGCCGAAAAUGUUUAUCAUCCAUUACGCUUUAUUAUGCCUUUGUUUGUAUCAAUAUCAGCUCUUGGUGGUCUUAAUGGACAAAUAUUUUCUAUUGUUCGUAUGUUUUCUGUUGCUGGUCGUGAUGGACUUUUACCGACAAUAUCUGCUUAUAUUCAUUAUAAAAAUUUGACACCUGUCAUUCCAUGUAUUGUUGAAGGAAUACUUGGUGUCCUGUAUGUACUUGUUGGCGAUGCUAAUCGUCUUCUUGGCUAUUUAAGUUUCAGUACGUGGGUUGUUUGUUUAUGUGGCGCAAUAAGUGUACUUGUUUUCCGUCGUACCAUGCCUGAUGUUGUUCGUCCAUUUAAUGCUGGCAUUGCUGCUCCAGUUAUAUUUAUUAUUGCAAUGACUGCUUUAACGUUCGUCAAUAUAAUUUUUAAUCCACUUGACAUCUUAGUUGGUGUUCUUAUUCUUCUUUCUGGUUUACCCGUCUAUUGGAUAUUUGUUCUUCGUCGACCUAAAUUAGUCGACAAAUUUAGUCGAUCGGUUGUUUUAUAUUUACAAAAAUCACUACUUAUAGUACCAGAUAAUGAUAAACAACAUGAUUAA